AUGGCCAUUAAUGAAGAAGAGACACCUCCCCUCACUAAUGAAAGUGAUGCAGAGAAGAGGAAGAACCAUAAAAAAUGGAAUCGAUGCAACUGCCUAAGCAUGAAGCUUCUCAGAGUUAAUAUCAGUAAAGGCAUUAAGGGUUCAAUCCCAGAAUGUCAAACUGUGUUAGAACUUCUAGCAAUGAUCGAUGAGCAGUUUAUAGAAACUGACAAGUCCAAGGCAAGCACUUUGAUAAAGAGGUUUAGCUCCCUCAAGUAUGAUGGUAAAAGAGGUGUACGAGAGCACAUUAUGAAUAUGAGGGAUAUUGCAGCACAACUCAGGGCUCGAGAUGUAGGAAUCUCUAACACAUACUUGGUGCACCACAUUCUCAACUCUUUGCCCAAGAAAUAUGGCCCUUUCAAGGGAUUUCUGGAGACAAGGCUGUCGAAGGAAAAUGAGAAGAGCAUCUAUUCAGAAAAUAGGAUAUAG